GCAUUUUUCUCAUUAGAUCCUACAAAUCCGAAUCACCAAUUUUGACUUUAUAAACACACAACCAAUUGGCGAUCACAUUCUUCCCACCUCGGAGAAAGCGAAAAAAACCUCAUCCAAUCCAAAGAUGGAAACCAAAUCAUCAGAUUCAAAACCACCAACCUCCUCCGACCACCACCAGCCCAGCAGAAUCACCCGCCGCCGAAUCCAAACUCCGGCAUCCGCCGCCGCCGCCGCAGCAUUCCCCGAAGAACUCAUCGAAGAAAUCCUUUCAAGACUCCCGGUCAACUCCCUCCUAAAAUUCAGGUCCGUUUCUAAAUCAUGGCGCGCUUUGAUCUCCGACAAGAAAUUCAUCUCAGCCCAUCUCAAAAAUUCAUCCAAAAACACAAACUUCACCCUCCGCAGAAUCAUCUCCACCAUUAUCCUCCCUUAUUACACCCUAAAGCACUGUUCUUUACACUCACUUUUAUCCGGGCCGUUGACCAACGCCGUUGACUCCGAUUACCCGAUGAAGAACCCCCAAAACUCCGUUCGUAUUGUCGGUUGCUGUAACGGGCUUGUCUGCAUCGCCGUUAACGGCAAGCAUUUCUUCAUAUGGAACCCAUCUACAAAAAAGUACAAGAAAUUGCCCGAUGUGGAUGAUUUUAUAGAACAAGGUUUGUUCAUCACCAAAUACGGAUUCGGUUUCGAUGAGUCGAACGACGAUUACAAGGUUGUCGGGAUUUUGUCGGGUUUUUGUAAUAGGGACCGAUACGAAACUAUGGUGAAAGUUUAUAGUUUGAGGACCAAUUCUUGGAAAAGAAUCGACGUAUUUAACGACGGUCUUCCGUUCGACGAUACCGCGAAGUUCGUGAGCGGGAAGCUUCAUUGGGGUAAGAGAAACGGAUCCAAUUCUAAAUGGGAUAUCGUCUCGUUCGAUUUAGCAAGUGGGGUAUGCGGGAAUGUGGCUCGUCCGAGUUAUGUCGAGACCGAUUUUUCACCUUCGUUGGGAGUUCUCGGUGGAUGCCUUUGCGUGCUUUCUAAUUCCCGUAAAAGUAGUGUUGAUGUUUGGGUAAUGAAAGAGUAUGGAGUGAGUGAAUCUUGGACUAAAAUUGUGACGGUUCCGUAUCUUGACGUGCCUUGGGAAGGUCCAUACUCGACACCGUUGUGCGUUGGAUCGAAUGGUGAAAUCUUGUUGAUGUACGGUUCGAAUUUGAUGAUCUAUAGCCCGAGAGAUAAUCGGUUUAGGCGGCCGAAGAUAAGGAACUUUGGUGCGUUUCUUGAAGCGGAUGUUUAUUGUGAAAGUUUAGUCCCGCUUGUCUAAUGAUGAACAAGAGUCGCAAAAUCGAAAUUGUUAGUUAUCUCGUUGGCUAUUGCUAUUUUUCACUGUAUAAUGUUUUUUUUAGAGGAAAAAACUUGC